AUGUCUCAUCAUAUCAUUAACAAACAAGAUGAUGCCACCAACAAGGACUCCGAAUGCUGGAUUGAAUCCUAUUUCCGAGCUUGCAUUGAAAAUAAUACAGAAAAAACAACUAGCAUACAAUGUGAUGAAAAAGUAAAAGAGUUCUAUAGAACAUUAAUUUCGGAAUGUGGACAAAAGAUUUCUCUUCAAAUUGUCGAGUGCGAUAACAAUGCCAGAGCCUACUAUCAAAGAAGAUUUAACCACGAAAAACAAGAAGAAGAAAGAAGUAUCAUCGUUUGUAAAAAUCACGUACUGGAAGAAAAGGAUUUGAAUGAAGUGUUACGGCAUGAACUGGUUCAUGCGAUUGAUGAUUCUCCAAAAUGUUCAAUGCUGAAUUUUAAUUUAAGAAAUUUGCAUGACAGAAGUUGUAGUGAGAUAAGAGCGGCAUAUUGGGCGGAAUGUGGAUCGUUAUUGAGACCAAAUACUGAUCCAUCAAAAGUGCAUUUUCAAUGUGUUAAACAUACUGCUAUGCAAUCUGUAAAGCUCGACCAUCCCUUUGAUCUCGUUCAAGAGUCUGUCAAGAGAAUGAUGUGGAAAUGUUACAAUAGCAAAGUUCGGCUCAAUACUGGAGAUUAG